UAUAUAUGGGUAGGAGUUUGCAUAGAUUUCAUUAUUUGAUUUGGCUGCUUGUAUCUUGUGCUGUUAGGAGUUGGGUAAGUGGGUUUGAGAUAUGGGGAGGUCUCCUUGCUGUGAUAAAGUUGGGGUCAAGAAGGGGCCAUGGACUCCAGAAGAGGAUAUUGUUCUUGUGUCCUAUAUUCAGCAGCAUGGGCCUGGGAAUUGGAGAAUGGUUCCUGCACAUACUGGUUUGAUGCGAUGUAGCAAGAGUUGCAGAUUGAGAUGGACAAACUACUUGAGGCCAGGGAUCAGGCGUGGUAACUUCACUUCACAUGAAGAUAAGAUUAUUGUUCAUCUUCAGGCUCUAUUGGGUAACAGAUGGGCAGCCAUAGCCUCUUAUCUUCCUCAGAGGACUGACAAUGACAUUAAGAAUUACUGGAACACCCACCUGAAGAAAAGGAUUAAAAAACUGCAGUCACCAGUUGGCAAUGAAAUCACUCGUGUGAAUAAUGUGAACUCACACAGUUCAGCUUCCAAAGGUCAAUGGGAAUCAAAGCUUCAGACUGAUAUACACCGUGCAAAGCAAGCACUUUUUGAGGCAUUGAAUUGUGACUCAUCUUCUGAUUUGCAGGGCAAUGAAAAUGCUCUAAAUCCUGCAGACCCAAUCUUCAGGCAGAGAAAUCUGAAUCCUUCAUCACCAUAUGCAUCCAGCAUUGAGAAUUUUUCAAAGCUCCUGGAAGGAUGGAAGAGAUCUUCAGAUAGUCCCAAUGACAUAAAACUACCCAAUUCAACUAGUGCCACUUCUAGUUGCAGUGAAAGCCAAAGUCCUCAAUAUUCCACACUACCCAUAUCUUCUGAUACCCAAAUGGAAGGCUUAAACAAUGGGAGCCUUGCAUGGACAUCACCAUUUAGUUUUUAUCGGGGAUAUGAGGAUCACAAAGCUUCUUCUGACCAUUUUCAUCUCAGCUGCCAACCUGACAACUUUCAUAACAGUAUUGACAAUGGCCUUCCUUUCUCCGUACUAGAGGAAUGGCUGAUGGAAGAGACCAAUCAGGACCAGCUCAGCCAUGCGAAUCAGAUUGUGCAAGAAUUGGGUUGCAUUUAAUGAUAAAACAACGUUUUUUCUAUCUGUAUUAUCAAAAUCCUUUCAUCAAACGUGAAAUUGGGAUUUUGAUCAAGGGAUUCAAGCAAUUUUUGUACAGCUAAUACGUCACCUCACCCUAGUUCUUCAGAUCCAUAUAUUAUGACCGAAGCUAUAAAGGGUUGUGAGAUAAGGGACGUUCUGUAAUCUUUUCUCUUAUAUUAUCUCAAUUCCAUUGAGAAAAUACUUGGUAUAUCUUUGUGAAUCCUGAGUUAAAUAUUAAAGUGCUGAAUGUAUAAACUUUCGAGGCAAUCCAUUGAAUAUUUCCAUUUGAAAUAAAUAAAAUACUGAGCUCAUUCACAAUGGUCAAA